AUACAAAAUUGUGCCCACAAAAAACAAGAGGCGAAGAGGAGCCAAGGGAGAUGGAGCAUUCAUUGUAGCUAAUGGCUCUGACGAGCCACACGAUUCUCCUCGUCAUAUCUGCUAUAAUAUAUUUCAUUGGAUCGUCAUAUCUGCUAUAAUAUAUUUCAUUGGACAAUUCCUAGUCAUAUCUACUAUAAUAUCUUUCAUUGGAUAAUUCUCAGACAGCAUCGAAAUCCAAUUUCAGAUUGCUCUAACUUCCAAAGGAUGAAAGUUUGCUGAAGUUUUUGGUAUUGAUUAUUAGUUGAUGUGCCAAUGUUGCCUGUUUGCUCGGCCACCCCAAGCUCUGCUUCUCAUUUUCAGAUUUCAUUACCUGGAUUGCGACCCUUUUCCCCAUUUCAGAAGGAUUUUGAGGUCAAAUGUAUUUUGGAAGAAAGGGUUUUUUUAGGAUUGCCAAAUGGAACUCAAUCCCGAGGAGAAUCCCUUAAAACAAAAGCUACAAAGUCUUUCUACUCAACUUUUGUUAAGAGCACCGAACAAUCAGUCUCCAUGGAUUUCUCUAACAGUCAGUCCUGUCAAAUUGAAGCAGAUUAUUCAGAAUGCAAGUUUUCAAAUGUUUGGAGUCCUUCAAUGGAAACUGUAAAUGAAACACAAACCUCAGGAGGGGCGAGAGCUGCUGUGGAAGAGAGAUUCAUGAACUUUACGGAUGAGUCACCUCAAAAUGCAGAUAUUUUAGUUGGACCUGUAGAACCUGAAACCAUAUCUACCACUGAUAUGAUGCCAGAGUACUCGACUUCCGUGUCUAAUUCGCUAGACAUGGAUAAUGAUCCCUUGUUCAAUACGAAAACAAGUAUUGAGGAUUUUUUGGCUGGUGCAAGUAAGUCAUUGAAUGCUUCUGUAAAUAAGGGACAAAAUGCCGUGGAAAGCUCUGUAGAUGCAGUAAAUUCAUCAAUUACAUCUGUCAUUAAAAGUGCUACUGCUGCAGUAGAUAAUAUUGUUAGUGGACUCUUUUCAACUGCUGAUCAAAACAGAGAAUUGGCUGGUAAUAGAUUGACAAGCUUUUCAAGUGAUUUGAAGGAAGCCACAAGUAAAGCAUCUGUUGUUGCUGUUGAUGUAUUGAGGCGUACAAUUGUUGCAGUGGAGGAUUCUUUAACAAAUGGGGUUUCCUUCGUUGUUUAUUCGUAUGGGUCCGCCAAGGACCUGCUUCCUCCAGACAUCAGGGAUGCUCUAAAUUUGUCUGAAGAGAAAGCAAUAGAAAUCUUGAGCCCCGUCAGGACAGUGUUUCCACAGGUUUAUAGUGCUAUAGAGGGUUUGGAGAGAAGUAUAGGUUUGGAUCCAAAUGAUCCAGUUGUUCCGUUUGUUCUUUUCCUUGGAACCUCAACCACUUUAUGGGUUUUUUAUUGGGCGUGGACAUAUAGUGGCUACUCUGGGGAUUUGUCUCCUAAAGCAACUUUGGAGUUCUUGACUGGGAAGGAGAAUGCUUUACUCAUUGAUAUCCGGCCUGAGGUUCUAAGAGAAAGAGAUGGUAUUCCUGAUCUUCGACGUGCAGCUCGGUUUCGCUAUGCAAGUGUAACUCUACCUGAGGUUGAUGCCUCUGUAAGGAAGUUGUUGAAGGGUGGAAGAGACCUUGAUGACACCUUGGUUGCUGCUGUCAUUCGGAAUUUGAAGAUUUUUCAGGACAGGUCCAGGGUCAUAGUCAUGGAUGCUGACGGUACUCGAUCCAAAGGCAUUGCAAGAUCCUUGAGAAAACUUGGUGUUGAGAAACCAUACUUGGUUCAAGGUGGCUUUCAGUCUUGGGUAACUGAUGGUCUCCGUAUUAAGGAGCUGAAGCCUGAGACAACACUUACUGUACUCAACGAGGAUGCUGAGGCAAUUCUGGAGGAAAUCAGCCCUUCUCCACUGCAAGUUCUAGGGUUUGGUGCGGUUUUCAUUGUGGCGCUUUAUGCACUGCUAGAGUGGGAGAAGACAUUACAACUUAUUGGCAUUGUUGGCCUCGGUCAGACCAUCUUUCGGCGGGUUGCUUCAUAUGAGGAGUCUGAAGAUUUUAAGCAAGAUGUGAGGCUCUUCCUUGCUCCUGUUACAUUUGGAGCUCAGGCAUUUGCAUGGGCUGCUGGAAAAUUGGAAACAAACGGGAACGGACUUCCAACAUCACCUUCAUCCUCAGAUGUUCAGAACCGGGUCUUGCAGGCUGCUGCAAAGCAUGAAUCUCAACCACCUGAUACUGAAGGCGUCCAAGACCCGUCUCCUGAAGGUGUCCAAGACGCAGCUCCCGAGUCAACAAUUUCUCUUAAUGAGAAAGUAGAUCUUUCGGAAGCAUGAGGUUGAGAUAUUCUUGUUGUACAGUACUUCAAUUCUUGCCUUAACAUGAGAAUUGAACUGAAUUCUAUUAUUGGUGAAUCCCCUCUAACUUGGAUGACCGAAUAAGUGAAUAAUAACCAAAAAGUGCAGAUUGAUUUUUU